AUGGACGACGACGACUGGAACACCCUCUCGCCCAUCCAAGAGAUCCCAUCUCCUCACUUACCAGAGGAUGAUGAAGGGAGGCAAGAUGGGCAUGGGCCAACUCCACCCACGGCUUCUUCCAGCCACCUUCCGGUAGAGGUAAGAGAAGGAUCGCGAAGAAGGAAAACUGCAGAUCAGGCAGAGGAAAGACACAUACGCCCCCGCCUUAAUGAAACAAAACAACAGGAGUACAGUUAUGGUGAGAAAGAGUUCUCAAAUAUUGAUAAAAUAAAAAGAAAAGAAAGAAGAGAACGAAAGGAGAACAGAACUUUGUAUUUGGUAACUCUCCUGUAG